GGAAACUCCAAACAGCAAUGGCCAUUUCAUUUUAAACCAUUCUCCACACAACCAAACACGACCUAAUUAUCCUCCAUGAUUUCCCUCAAAAACACUCAUCCACGUUCGCGCUUCAUCUUCUCUGAUCCCAAAACCAAGCCACUUCGCUUCUCUCUCCAGCCCCUUUCCCCUUCUCUUCUCUCACUCAAAUCCCCACUUUCUCUCUCUUCCAAUCUUCUCAGGGUUUCAAAUGCUGGAGUUUCAGUUUGUAGAACUGAACACCAUGAAGAAGAAGAAAAGAACAAGGGGCUUUCCCCGGAACUUCACGACUUAUCGCCAAAUGGAGUUGUGUAUCAGAAAACGCUGCAAUUGGUUGAAUGUUCAAUGUUUGCCGCACUUACUGGUCUGGUCUAUUUCCUGAGCAAUUCUCUUGCCAUUGAGAACUACUUUAGUUGUUUCUUCUCAUUGCCAAUAGUGAUAUCGUCAAUGAGAUGGGGUGUUGAUGCUGGAAGGAAAACUCUGGUGGCAACAACUAUACUUUUGCUUGUCUUGUCUGGUCCAGUAAAAGCUCUAACUUAUCUGCUUAAGCAUGGUGUAGUGGGUUUCACAAUGGGUACUUUGUGGAGGUUGGGAGCCAGUUGGAAUCUGUCAAUUUUCGUGUGCACAAUUGUACGCGCACUGGGUGCAGUUGGCUUUGUCUUGAUAUCGUCUUUCUUAAUAAGGGAAAACAUUCUAGCUUUGAUCACCAUUAACAUCCAUGCUUCUCUCACAUUUGUUCUCACUGCUUCUGGUGUGAAUUCUAUUCCUUCAAUGAACGUGAUAUAUACCCUAUUUGGCAUUUUGGUGUUGAUCAAUAGUGGAUGUUUCAUGUUUUUGCUCCACUUGUUGUAUUCUGUUUUCCUCACCAGAAUAGGGAUGAAGUCUUCACUAAGAUUGCCAAGGUGGCUGGAGAAAGCUAUCUGAUGUCAUAUGUGCUCUAAGGUGCUGCAUAAUUUUCAACUAAAACAUUAUUUGUCACUUUUCGGGUUUGAGAAGGGAUUGAUUGGUGCGGUUGUAUAUCAUUUAUAAUGGCAUAACCAUUCAACAUCCUAUAGAGAUACUUGAUAGAAUCCGAAUCAGAUUGUAGACAGAAACAGUCUAUAGAAAAUAGUGUUACACUCCAAGUAUUCAACAGACUCAAAUUCCAACACAUUGCUCAAGUUUUUAUCACAAGAAGCUUGUUCAGCCCCUUUAAUAAAUAAGCCGAGAGUCUCUAGGAUGGCAGUUUUUCCCUGCACCUCCAUAGCAUUCUUCAUGCACCCUAUAUAUAUAUAUAUAUAUAUAUAUAUAUAUAUAUAUAUAUAUUUUCCAGUUUGUCCUUUUCGGAAUGUGCAAUCUAGAAGUCAAACCGAAACCAAAAAUAACUUAGGAUCAUUUUUUACCUUUUGGAUUGUACAAUGCAAAAGUUUUUUUGGCUUUUUUUUUGGAUUGUCCAUGUGAAAGUCAUUUUUUACUUUUGAAUUAUGUGAUUUGGAGGCUUUUUUUUAGAAAAUAAAAAAGAUUGUGGUAAAAUGAGAAAAAAAUAAUUGUAUGGGGUGUAGGAAGAAAGUUAUGGAGGUGCAGGAAGAAGCUGUCCUUUUGAUUAAGUCACAAUAUGAAUUGGUGUUCUAGUUAAGUGACCAUAAUCCCUUUCACUUUGAGAAUCAAAUUUGUUUAUUUAUUUGAAAUAAUCAAAA